AUGUCAUCUUCUUCCUACGAACUUGUCCUUACCAGUUCUCCAGAUGGCCCCAUCGUCGCCUACGAUGCCUCCACUGGGGUUGAAGUCACUCGCUUUCCAGGCACACGGUCACCCCGCCGGGGCCUCACUGUGGCCGGAAAUAGCUUCAUUGCCGCGUCUCAUGUGUCACCCGACACGGCCGCGGUGUCCAUUCACCUCUACAACUGGCACACUUCAAGUGUGCUUCACAGAUUCUCCGUGCCUGAGUUUGUUGCCCCACUUGCUGCUACUCCCGACGGCGGCUAUAUCUUCGCCGGAGGCCAGUCUGGAACCAUCCAUUGCUUCUCUGUUCCUUCUGGGAAUGUGAUCAAGUCUUUUCCUGCUCACACAAAACCCAUCUCUUGUCUCCAACUCAGUAUUGAUGGGUCAUUGGUAAUUUCAGGCAGUGAUGAUGGAAGCAUUAUGGUGAUCCCAACUUUUCAAAUCGUAGAAUCAUCAGACUCAAACUCAAGCUCAAAAGACUUGAUUCUGCAGCAUUGGAAGAAGGCACAUUCAGAUUCAGUCACAGCUUUGAGCACAGGAAUAGGGCUAUGCAACUCCAUGCUUGUCUCGUCCUCGCUAGAUUCAACCUGCAAGUUCUGGAAUCUUCUAGAGGGAACCCUCCUUCGCACAGUGACCUUCCCUUGUGCCAUAAAUGGUCUGGCCAUGGCCAUAGACUUGUCAUCAUCAGACUCACACUUGUUCGCUGCAGGAUCAGACGGGUCGGUUUACAAAGCAUCAAUGAAUAAGGCCAAAAAACCCAGAAAACCACAGAAUAACAACAACGAAGCUGAUGAUGAUCAAGAACUGAUGAAGAAAUGGAACAAAAGCCACGUGGGGUCCACUGAAUCAGUGGUUGUGGUGAAUGAAGGGAGGAAUCUGGUGUCUGCAGGUGAAGAUGGUAGCGUGUGGAUGUGGGAGAUUGACACAGAAGAAGUAACAAUGGUGAUAAAAGAUAACAGUAAUGGAUUAAUGGAAGGAAGUAUCAGUGAUAUGAUAGUGGCUAGUGGGAUUACUGAAUAUAGAGGUAAAGGGAAGAGUAGUGAUAAUGGUGGUGGUUGCAGUAAUAGGUUGACUUCAUCAGAGCUGUUGAAAGAAGAAGUGGUUAGGUCAAUGAAGAAGAUAAUGGAGGUUGGAGAAGUGCUGAGAGUGGUGGAAGAAGAUAAGAGGAGAGCCAUUAAUAUGCUGGAGUCUGCAAUUGCUAUGUAUGAGAAGCUCUUGGAGCUCAUACUUGAAGAAGCUUUGAAAGGUUCUAGUGAUGGGAAUUCGUUUGGAUCCAUAUUUAUAACUUUUUAA